GUGAGGGAGUCAAAGUCCAGGGGACUGAAGCUUGGGGCCAGAUGGAGGCCCGGCCUGGGAGAGGCUAAUGUGGCUCAGAGGACAUGGUCUUCAGACCCCCUACUCUUGCCCUAUUGGGACCAGUGAAAAUGCCUCGUGUAAAAGCAGCUCAAGCUGGAAGACAGGGCCCUGCAAAGAGACGACUUGCAGAACACUUUGCAGCUGGGGAGAUAAUCACGGACAUGACAAAGAAGGAGUGGAAACUAGGAUCGCCCAUUGGCCAGGGCGGCUUCGGCUGUAUAUAUCUUGCUGAUAUGAAUUCUUCAAAGUCGGUGGGCAGCGAUGCACCUUGUGUUGUAAAAGUGGAACCCAGUGACAACGGACCUCUCUUUACUGAACUGAAGUUCUACCAGCGAGCAGCCAAACCAGAGCAAAUUCAGAAGUGGAUUCGUACCCAUAAACUGAAGUACCUGGGUGUCCCUAAGUACUGGGGGUCUGGUCUACAUGAUAAAAAUGGAAAGAGUUACAGGUUUAUGAUAAUGGAUCGCUUUGGGAGUGACCUUCAGAAAAUAUAUGAAGCAAAUGCCAGAAGGUUUUCUCGGAAAACUGUCUUGCAGCUAAGCUUGAGAAUUCUGGAUAUUCUGGAAUAUAUUCACGAGCAUGAGUACGUACACGGAGAUAUCAAGGCCUCAAAUCUGCUCCUGAGCUACAAGAAUCCUGACCAGGUGUACUUGGUAGAUUACGGCCUUGCUUACCGGUAUUGCCCAGAAGGAAUUCAUAAAGAAUAUAAGGAAGAUCCCAAAAGAUGUCAUGAUGGCACAAUUGAAUUCACCAGCAUUGAUGCGCACAAUGGUGUGGCCCCAUCAAGACGUGGUGAUUUGGAAAUACUUGGUUAUUGCAUGAUCCAGUGGCUUAGUGGUCAUCUUCCAUGGGAAGAUAAUUUGAAAGAUCCUAACUAUGUUAGAGAUUCCAAAAUGAGAUAUAGAGAGAAUAUUGCUGGUUUGAUGGACAAAUGUUUUCCUGAGAGAAACAAGCCAGAUGAAAUUGCUAAAUACAUGGAAACAGUGAAAUUACUGGGCUAUGCUGAGAAACCUCUCUAUCAGAACUUGCGAGACACUCUUUUGCAAGGACUAAAAGCUAUAGGAAGCAAGGAUGAUGGCAAGCUGGACCUCAGCCCCGUGGAGAAUGGAGGCUUGAGAGCAAAGUCAAUGACGAAGAAGCGCAAGAAAGGAAUUGAGGAGAGCACACAGUCCAGUGUUGAAGACAUGGAAUGCUCCGAUACACAGACAAAAGAGGCCACACAGACCCGAAGUGAGGAGUCCCGAGGAGCAGUGCAUGGAAGCCUGUCUCAGCCAGAGGCUAGCAACAGCAGCUAUGACAGUUCAAAAACCAGAAAGAGAGUCCAGAAGUAAAUCAAAUGCUGUCAACCGACUUUUCUUUUCUUCCUGUCAUUUAACUUUUUCCUCUUUCUCUAUUUUAAAUGUUGUAUUUUCAUGUGAGUCUAUUAGGGUGGGACUAACCAUGAAAAUACCUAUGUCUUUGAAAAAUAUAAACUUUUUUAUGAAGUAAAUACUUUGUACAAUUUAUUAAAGACUAAUUUAUAAAAUUGAAAAUCUUUAGGUCAUACUCUUUAAGCUCUCCCGAGCGGUAUGUGUUUGAGGUUCUGAAGUAGCUUAUAAGAAAAACCCCAUGAUGUGCACUUUGUAAUCAUUGUACAUUUGCCCUAAGUGUUUAGAAUGCUUGGCAAAGUCCUCACCUUUAAGCAGAUACAAACCUUAAAAUAAAGGUCUCUUUGCAUGAUACAAA